AUGACGAGUCCCACGCCAAACGCCGGGGGUACCGGUGACGCCCCGGACGGCGUCGAUUCCAUAUCACAAGUCCCUCGCCCGGGCACCGCGGCCGGAGAGCACAUGAACCAAGGACAGGUGUCGGCCAACCAUGACAUCGAGAGCAGCGCCUACUCGUCAUCGUCGGCCAGCACGUCGCUCAAGGAGAACGUCGCCGAGUCGGGCGACGCUCGCCACGGCAGUCCCGUCCAACGCUACGAUAGCAACGCCAUAAUCGGGACCGAGGACCGGACCGAGCUGGUGCGCAUCGCGACGGCCCUCUCGCGGCGACGGUCCAGCGUGGCUGUCCAGCCCCAAGCCAGCAAGACCCUCGGCGCCAUCGACGAGUACGACACGGCCCUCGACCCGGAGCACGGCGACUUCGACCUCGCAAAGUGGAUUCGCCGCUUCAUCGAGCAGCUCCAGGAGCAGGGUCUGACGGAGCGGCGCACCAGCGUCGCCUUCCGCAAGCUCGACGUCUUCGGCUCCGGCUCCGCCCUUCAACUGCAGCAGACGGUCGGCUCUGUCCUCGCGGCCCCGCUGCGCAUGGGCGAGUUCUUCAGCUUCGGCAAGAAGGAGCCCAAGCAGAUCCUCAGGAACUUUGAGGGCUUCCUCGCGAGCGGCGAGCUGCUCGUCGUCCUCGGCCGGCCCGGGUCUGGCUGCAGCACUCUUCUCAAGACGCUGUGCGGCGAGCUGGAGGGCCUCGAGCUCGGCCAGCAGUCGAGCGUCCACUACAAUGGCAUCCCACAGCGACAAAUGCAGCGCGAAUUCAAGGGCGAGGCUGUCUACAACCAAGAGGUCGACAAGCACUUCCCUCACCUCACCGUCGGCCAGACGCUCGAAUUUGCGGCCUCGGCGCGCACGCCCUCGCACCGCAUCCAGGGCAUGUCGCGGCAAGAGUUCUGCCGCUACAUUGCGCGCGUGGUCAUGGCCUCCUUUGGCCUGAGCCAUACGUACAACACCAAGGUCGGCAAUGACUUUGUGCGAGGCGUCUCGGGCGGCGAGAGGAAGCGCGUCAGCAUUGCCGAAAUGGUCCUCGCCGGCUCGCCCAUAUCUGCUUGGGACAACAGCACCCGCGGCCUCGACUCGGCAACGGCCCUCAAGUUUGUCCAGUCCCUGCGCAUGGCGUGCGACUUUGGCUCACAGGCCAACGCCGUCGCCAUCUACCAAGCCAGCCAGGCCAUCUACGACCUCUUCGACAAGGCCACGGUCCUCUACGAGGGCCGGCAGAUCUACUUCGGCCCGGCCAGCCAGGCCAAGCGCUUCUUCGAGGAGCAGGGCUGGUACUGCCCCCCGCGCCAGACGACGGGCGACUUCCUCACCUCGGUCACCAACGCGCAGGAGCGUAAGGCGCGCGAUGGCAUGGAGCAACGGGUGCCGCGGACGCCUGACGAGUUCGCCGCCUACUGGCACCGGUCGCCCGAAUAUCAGGCGCUGCAGGCCGACAUCGACGCCCACGAGCAGGUCUACCUGGUCGAGCAGCAGGCCGAGACGGUGGCCCAGUUCCGGGAGCAAAAGAACUACCGGCAGGCCAAGCACGUCCGGCCCGGCUCGCCGUACCUCAUCAGCAUCUGGAUGCAGAUUGCGCUCAACACCAAGCGCGCCUACCAGCGCAUGUGGAACGACAUCUCGGCGACGCUGACGCAGACGGUGUCGCAGCUCGUCAUGGCUCUCAUCAUCGGCUCCAUCUUCUUCGGCACCCCUGACGCCUCUGCCGGCUUCUACUCAAAGGGUUCGGUCCUCUUCAUGGCCGUGCUCAUGAACGCCCUGACGGCCAUCUCGGAAAUCAGCAGCCUCUACGACCAGCGGCCCAUUGUCGAAAAGCAUCACUCCUAUGCCUUUUACCAUCCUGCCACCGAGGCCAUGGCUGGUAUCGCCGCCGACAUACCCAUCAAGUUUGUCACCUCGACCGUCUUCAACAUCGUCCUCUACUUCAUGGCUGGCCUGCGCAGGGAGCCCGCUCAGUUCUUCCUCUACUUUCUCAUUACCUACAUGUCUAUUUUUGUCAUGAGCGCCGUCUUCAGGACCAUGGCCGCCGCCACAAAGACCGUUUCGCAGGCUCUGGCUCUCUCGGGUGUCCUGGUCCUGGCUCUCGUCAUCUAUACUGGUUUCGCCAUUCGAGUUCCUGAGAUGCAUCCAUGGUUCUCGUGGAUACGAUGGAUCAACCCCAUAUUCUACGCCUUUGAGAUUCUCAUCGCCAACGAGUUCCAUGGGCGCGAAUUCACCUGCUCCAGCAUCGUACCUCCAUACUCGCCGCCCCGGGGCGACUCGUGGAUCUGCCAAGUCGCCGGCGCCGUAGCCGGGCGGUCGACCGUGAGCGGCGACGCCUUCAUCGCCGCCGACUACAGCUACUCGUACUCGCACGUCUGGCGCAACUUUGGCAUCCUCUGUGCUUUCCUGGUGGCCUUUAUGACCCUCUACUUCAUCACCACUGAACUGAAUUCUGCCACGUCGAGCACGGCCGAGGCCCUAGUCUUUCAGCGCGGUCACGUCCCCGAGUACCUCCAAAAGGGCAACGAAAAGGUAGUCCAGGAGGAGGGCGGAGCCGUAGGUGCCGCCGCGGACGAGCGCGAGACCAAGGGAUCCGAUGUAUCCAACGUCGGGGGCUUGGCACCGCAAAAUGAUAUCUUUACCUGGAGCGAUAUAAUUUACCACGUUGAUAUAAAGGGAGAGCAGCGCCAACUCCUCGACCACGUUUCGGGCUGGGUCAAGCCUGGGACACUGACAGCUCUCAUGGGUGUUUCUGGCGCUGGCAAGACGACGCUUCUCGAUGUGCUCGCCCAGCGGACCACCAUGGGCGUUAUUACGGGCGACAUGCUGGUCAACGGAAAGCCCUUGGACCCCAGCUUCCAGCGCAAGACGGGCUACGUUCAACAGCAAGAUCUGCAUCUCGAAACAGCGACAGUCCGCGAAAGCCUUCGGUUCAGCGCACUGCUCCGACAACCUCAGUCCGUCAGCCAGGAGGAAAAGUACGGCUUCGUGGAAGAAGUCAUCAAGAUGCUCAACAUGGAGGACUUUGCCAACGCCGUCGUCGGCGUGCCGGGCGAAGGUCUCAACGUAGAGCAGCGCAAGCUGCUCACCAUUGGCGUCGAGCUGGCGGCCAAGCCGAAGCUGCUGCUCUUCCUCGACGAGCCGACAAGCGGGCUCGACUCGCAGAGCUCGUGGGCCAUCUGCGCCUUUCUCCGCAAGCUGGCCGACUCGGGCCAGGCCAUCCUCUGCACCAUCCACCAGCCCAGCGCAAUCCUCUUCCAGGCUUUUGACCGGCUGCUCUUCCUGGCCCGCGGCGGCAAGACGGUCUACUUUGGCGACAUUGGCGCAAAUUCGCGAACCCUGCUCGACUACUUUGAAUCGCACGGCGCCCGCCGCUGCGGCGACGACGAGAACCCGGCAGAGUACAUGCUCGAGAUGGUCAACGCCGGCACCAACGACCGCGGCCAGGACUGGCACUCAGUCUGGGGCUCGAGUCAGGAGGCCGAGGGUGUCCGGGCCGAGAUGGAGCGGAUCCACGCCGAAAAGCAGCAGGCUGCCGACGGCGACGGAGACGCGGACAGCCACGAGCACGCCGAGUUCGCCAUGCCCUUCACGACCCAACUCUGGGUUGUGUCGUACCGCGUGCUGCAGCAGUACUGGCGGAUGCCGAACUAUAUCUUUGCCAAGUUUAUGCUUGGCAUUGUCGCUGGUCUUUUCAUCGGCUUUACCUUUUUCAACGCCGACGGCACCCAGGCGGGCACGCAAAGCGUCAUUUUUUCCGUCUUUAUGCUCACCACCCUCUUCUCUACCCUUGUACAGCAGAUACAACCUCUGUUCAUCACGCAACGCUCCCUGUACGAGGUCCGCGAGCGUCCGAGCAAGGCCUACUCGUGGAAGGCCUUCAUCAUCGCCAACAUCAUGGUCGAAAUCCCCUACCAGAUCGUUACGGGCAUCUUCAUCUUCGCAUGCUUCUACUACCCAGUCGUCGGCGUGCAGAGCUCCGAACGGCAGGGCCUGGUCCUGCUCUUCAUCAUCCAGCUGCUCAUAUUCAGCUCUUCUUUUGCCCACAUGACCAUUGUCACCAUGCCCGACGCCCACACGGCGGGCAGCGUCGUCACCAUUCUGUCAAUCAUGAGUAUCAUCUUCAGCGGCGUUCUGCAGACGCCCGACGCGCUGCCCGGCUUCUGGAUCUUCAUGUACCGAGUCUCCCCCUUUUCCUACUGGAUCAGCGGCAUCGUGGCCACGGAACUUCACGACCGGCCCAUUACUUGCUCCGCCAAGGAGACUUCCAUCUUCAAUCCGCCCCAAGGCAUGUCGUGCGCCCAGUACCUGGCGCCACUCCUUCAGCAGGCUCCGGGGCGGUUGCAGAACCCGGACGACAUGUCGCAGUGCCGCUACUGCCCCGUCACCAAUGCUGACCAGUCGCUGGCGGCGUCCAAGAUUUUGUGGUCCGAACGCUGGCGCAACUAUGGCAUCUUCUGGGCCUUUAUCGCUUUUAAUGUUUUCACGGCCGUCCUGCUCUACUAUUUGUUCCGAGUCAAGAGGUGGAAUUCCAAGUCGUCUGGUCUUUCAAAACUCUUGUCUCGCUUCAAGAAGACCAAGAAAGGCGAGUCGUGA